CUGCAGAGUUGUGGUGUAUUGUCACAGCAUCAGGAGACAUUGAGCAGAUAAAAAAGUGAUACCAUGUGGUGAUACCGUCGACUUGUCAUCAUACAAACGCACAAAAACACAAUAUGACGCACCCGUAUGAUCCCUGGCUGCGUGCCGCACCCCCUCCUGAUGAGGUGUCCGGUUGGUGGGAUGUGCCCACUGGGCCUGCAGGAGGGUGGAUGGACCUGCAAGGGGCAACAGGCCUGGGGGUGGGCCAAGGGUCAUCAAUGAGUUCCUACACCCCUGACCCUCAGAUGUGCUGCCUGCCACCCUCGAGCUCCACCCACUCUGCCAUGAACUACCCCGGCGAGGGAUUUAAGAUGGAGCCGUUGACGCAGGACCUGCUUCCGGUCCAGCACGCGUCUUCGUCCUUCACCUCAGAGGAGCAACUGGACGGCACGAGCGCAUCGGCUCGUCCCAAGUCCCAGCGGCGCGCCGGUGCUCGUGCGCCCGGGCAGGCGUCCUGCCGCUGCCCUAACUGCCUGAGCGCAGAGUCUCUGGGGGCCGACGGCGAUGGCAAACGCAAGCACCUUCACAACUGUCACAUCCCCGGCUGCGGGAAAGCUUACGUUAAGACGUCGCACCUGAAAGCGCACCUACGCUGGCACAGCGGCGAUCGGCCCUUCGUGUGCAACUGGCUGUUCUGUGGAAAACGUUUCACGCGCUCAGAUGAGCUUCAGCGUCACCUGCAGACGCACACCGGAGCCAAACGCUUUGGUUGCAGUGCGUGUCCACGAGUCUUUCUGCGAGCGGAUCACCUCGCUAAGCACGUACGCGUACACGAGUCACAGAGUCAGUCGGCCGAAGAGACUCGCUCAGAUACGCCGGCACCUGCGACAGCCAGCGGUGAAUCGAUGCUCAGAGUGAAAACUGAGCCUGAAAACAUUGAAGACGACGUGCCGGCGGUACUGAACAGCUAAGCGCGCAUCACCUGUUGAGAUCCCUGCAGGAUUAAACACAAUGCAUUUGUAACUUUAGUUUUAUUUAUAACUGUACAUUGUGUUUUAUAUUCUCUCUUGUUUAACUUAAAGAUUGUUUUGUAAUUGUAAUCUGAAGAUUGUUUUAUGGAACUAGUUUGAUAUGAUA